UGGAAUAUGUUCCUCUACUUGGAAGAAAUGGAACAAAGGGGGAUCGGAGCACGGAGAGAGCUGCGGAACUGGUUCGUCUUUGUGUUCAUUUUGGAGGUUCUGUGGACCGGAGCCUCCGCUCAGAUCCGAUAUUCCGUUCAAGAGGAGGUGCAAGUGGGAACUGUGGUGGGAAACCUAGCGAAGGAUUUAGGCCUCGAUAAGAGUGCGCUGAAAGAGAGAGGAUACCGCGUCGUCACCGGGUCCAGCGAUCCGUUCUUUCAGCUGAAUCAAGACGACGGGAUCUUAUAUGUGAAAAAGACAAUAGACAGGGAGGAGGUGUGCGAACGCAGCGUUCCGUGUUUGAUCAACCUGAAAACCAUGCUGGACAACCCGCUAGAGAUCCACUACGUGACUGUGGAAAUACUGGAUAUUAAUGAUAACUCGCCCGUUUUUCUAGAAAAAGAAAAACAUCUAGAAAUAUCCGAGUCAGCUUUACCAGGAGCAAGAUUUCAACUUCAGGCAGCGAAGGAUCACGAUGUUGGUCAAUAUUCCGUUCAUCAAUAUAAACUCAGUCACAACGAGCUUUUUAGAAUAGAAGUGAAAGAUCGUGGUGAAGAUCACAAGGUGCCGUUUUUAAUCCUUCAAAAGCAGUUAGACAGAGAGACGGUAGCUCAACACAAGCUGCGUCUGACCGCAGUUGAUGGAGGGAAACCAGCGAAUUCAGGCUCAAUAGAUAUAAUUAUUAAUGUGCUGGAUGUGAACGACAAUUCACCAGUGUUCAGUAAAGAUGACUCCGUGACUAUUAAUGAAAACGUACCAGCGGGAACAGUCGUCAUUCAAGUGAACGCUACAGACCUGGAUGACGGCGCAAAUGGAGAGGUGGUUUAUUCAUUUGGUGAUGAGGUUGAUGCUAAAUUGAUGGAGUUAUUUGAAAUUGAGCCUGUCACUGGAGAAAUAAAAGUUAAGGGUCAAAUUGAUUUUGAAAAGAGGAGAAAAUAUGAAAUAGAUAUUAAGGCUUCAGACAAAGGAUCAGUUCCUUUAACAGCGGAUAAAAGUGUGAUUAUAAAUGUAGUCGAUGUCAAUGAUAACGCUCCUGAGAUAGAAGUCACGUCGCUAUUCACCUCCAUCAAGGAGGAUUCAAAGACUGGAACAACUGUGGCUCUGAUCAGUGUGAGAGAUUUAGACUCAGGUUUGAAUGGAAAAGUCACGUGUUCAAUCAACCAAAAUAGUCCUUUCAUGUUGUCUCCCUCAUUACAAGAAAACAUGUAUGCAGUAGUGACCAAGUCGCACUUGGACCGAGAAAUUAUUUCUAACUAUGACGUCACUAUAACGGCACAUGAUGCAGGCAAACCGUCAUUUUCAGCUAAAAAGACCAUCAAUGUUGUUGUGUCAGAUGUGAACGACAACAGUCCAGAGUUUUCACUGACACCCUACACUUUUUACUUAAAUGAGGACAACAACCCUGGAGCUUCAGUGUUUUCUGUGAAAGCCUCUGACAAGGAUGAAGGCGAUAAUGCUUUAAUAUCAUAUCACAUUUCAAGGGAUGCAAAUGUCGACAAUAAGUUAGUAUCCUUUCUAAAUAUGAACCCUGAGACUGGAGUGAUCACUGCGCUGAAAAGCUUUGACUUUGAGACGGUGAAGAGUUUCCAGUUCCAAGUUGUGGCCACAGAUUCUGGAAGUCCGUCACUGAGCAGCAACGCGACAGUGAACGUGUUCAUCCUGGAUCAGAACGACAACCCUCCAGUCAUCCUGUAUCCAGUCAACUCCAACGGUUCUGCUGAAGGUGUGGAGGAGAUUCCCCGCAAUGUGAACGCAGGACACUUGGUGACUAAAGUCAGAGCUUAUGACGCUGAUGUAGGUUACAACGGCUGGUUACUGUUUUCACUGCAGCAAGUUUCUGACCACAGCCUCUUUGGUUUGGACCGCUAUACGGGACAGAUCAGAACUCUCCGCUCGUUCACAGAGACAGACGAGGCGGAACAUAAACUGGUCAUACUGGUCAAAGACAAUGGGAACGUGUCUCUCUCAGCAACAGCUACUGUGCUGGUCAAAGUUGUGGAGCCCAAAGAGGCUUUUGCUGCUUCUGAUGUGAAAAGCUCAGCAAAAGUGGAUGAGGACACGGAUGUGACUUUUUACCUGAUGAUCACUUUGGGCUCAGUUUCAGUCCUUUUCAUCAUCAGCAUCAUCGUGUUGAUCGCAAUGCAGUGCUCCAAAUCCACAGACUACACUUCUAAAUAUCUCCAAGAGACCAACUAUGAUGGAACUCUGUGCCACAGCAUCCAGUACAGAUCUGGAGACAAGCGCUACAUGCUAGUUGGACCCAGAAUGAGUAUUGGAUCUACUAUAGUUCCUGGCAGCCAUGCCAACACUCUGGUGCUGCCUGACAGGAGGAGGCCUUCUGAAGAGGUAGGAUGGUGCUCUGAAUUUCUCUCAAUGCUGUCUGAAUAAGGAUGAUCGCUGUCCUUGGUGCUGAAUUGUCCCUGCUUGUCCCCCAUGCUCGUCACUUGCUACUAAAGUUGAUCAUCAACAUUUCCAAAUGACUGAAUUUUCUUGGUGAUAUUAUUCUGGCUAAUUUUAUGCUGUGUGUUGGGUUCUAAAAAACUGAGGCUCUGAAGUGAUGAUCGUUUUUCCACUUGCUGAUGCAAUUGUGAGACAUACUGUUGGUAUUGUUACGACUUUUAGGUAUUAUAUUUAGCAGUCAUAGUCACAGUAGUUAGUAGUAGACAGCUAUGUUGUCGGGGGCGUUAUGCCCCUGGUAGGGUCUCCCAUGGCAAACAGGUCCUGGGUGACGGGUCAGACUAAGAGCAGUUCAGAAGCCCCGAUGAAAAAGACUACAUCAAGGACCGUGACGUUGCCCGGCAUGGCGCAGCCGGGGCCCCACCCUGGAGCCAGGCCUGGGGUUUCGGCUCGAAUGCGAGCGCCUGGUGGCCGGGCCUCUGCCCAUGGGGCCCGGCCGGGCCAAGCCCGAACGAACGACAUGGGCCGUCCCUCCUGCGGACCCACCACCCACAGAGGGAGUCAUAGGGGUCGGGUGCAAAGAGAACUAGGUGGCAGUCAAGGUUGGGGGGCCCGACGCCCUGGUUCGUGUUGACAUUCUCUGGCUCUUGUUGACUGGAAUAAGGUGGUUUGCUCUCUCCGGGUCGGAGGAGAGUUCUUGCCCCAAGCGGUGGAGUUUAAGUAUCUCGGGGUCUUGUUCUCGAGUGAAGGAAAAGGGGAGCGUGAAAUUGAUAGAUCGGUCGGUGCAGCGGCAGCAGUGAUGCGGUCGCUGUAUCGGACCGUCGUGGUGAAGAGGGAGCUGAGUCACAAGACGAAGCUCUCGAUUUACCCAUCGAUCUACGUUCCCACCCUCACCUAUGGUCACGAGCUUUGGGUAAUGACCGAAAGGAUGAGAUCGCGGAUACAAGCGGCUGAAAUGAGUUUCCUCCGCAGGGUGGCUGGGCGCACCCUUAGAGAUAGGGUGAGGAGUUCGGUCAUCCGGGAGGAGCUCGGGGUGGAGCCGCUGCUC